AUGGACCUCUCUGUCAGUGCUGUGCUCUUCUUGAUCCUCUCCUUCGGCCUCUGGGAUUCUGACGCCAGAAAGCAUCAUACUGUCCUCACCGUGCCAAAUGGAGGAAAGUGGGGCACUUGGGGGGGCAUAGCAUUAUGCCCCAAAGGAUUUGCUAAUGGCUUCUCAUUGAAGGUACAGCCAUACGUAAAUAAAUUGUUGGCAAAUGAUGAUACCUUUCUGAAUUCCAUUCGUCUCCUUUGCUCAAAUGGUGACAUGAUAGAGUCUAAAGCUGGAAUGUCAGGAACUUGGACAAAACCUGUGAAAUGCCGCAAAGGUCACCUAGUUUCCUUUUCAAUGCAGGUGAAAAAAAGCGAAGGGUUAGGUGAUGAUACAUCAGCUACCAACAUUAAAUUCAGAUGUGAAGAUGGGACUGAAGUGUCAGGCGAGUCAUCUAGCUGGCGUCACCCUUUUGGCCCAUGGAGCAAGCGUUGCCCUUCUGGCUCCAUAUGUGGAAUGCAGACAAAAGUGGAAUCUAAGUUGGUAGGUGUUGAGGAAACAUCACUUAAUGAUGUGAAGUUCUUCUGCUGUGACUGAAGUGUUACUU